GGGUCCCCGUGGAGGCACCCGCCGCCGGCACCCCCCGCCACCGGGCUGCCAGAGCCAGGCUGGGCGCUGGAGGAGGGAAGGGAAGAGUGACCCUGGCCGCAGCGCCCGUUAAUUGGGAACUAAUAGCGCUUAAUGGGGAUCCCGGGUGAAGAGGCGCUGGUUUGCAAAUGAACGAGAACAAGGCCAAAAAUUAACCUCCCAGCUAAUUUUCCCGGUUCCCGAGCGUGCUGCGUGGUGAGGCUGCGUGGGGUGAYAGCCAAACCCCACGGAGCUGCGAGUGGCAAGGGGCUGGGAGCGGCGGCUUGCAGAACUGGGGGCACCGAGGCCGUGGCUUGUCCCUCCCCUGGCCGGGCCGGCCACAGCGGGUGGGGAUGGACGGCGUGACGCCGGGCYGGGGUGGUGCCCAGCACCCUUGGCAACCCGCUGCAGCUUGUCCCAAACACCCAGCGAGCCAUGGGCAUGCACGGACACCUCACCUUCCUCCUCAUCAGCCUCUAUGCCCCAGGUAGGCGCUUCAAGGUCACAGUGUUAGGGGYAAACCCUCGGUGGAUGACUGAGAGGAGGGGGACAGGGGAAAGGCUGUACUUAGUUGCCCACACGUGCCUGGGGCUGACCCCAGGAUGGGCAGAGGAAUUGGCAGCAGCAUGGCUAGGUUGAGGCAGGGAGGGGGCAUCAUUGGAGCCGUCCUCAGGGCAUUACCAGGGUAUCCUCAAGGUGUCCUCAGCAUUGCCACAGUGUUAGUGGGGCAUGUUAAGGGCAUCACUGGCAUACCCAGACACCACUGGGGCUUCUUCAGAGCAUCACAGAGGGAAUUCUGAGGCUCCCCAGGGAGUUACUGGGGCACACYUGGCAGGCUGGGGUGACACUCUCCUCUUUGCAGGGACUUUCGUCAGAGCAACAGUCCUACCUGACUUGCCACGCGUGGUGGCCCUGAGUGAGGACACAGUGCCAGGCACCCGCGUGGCCAAUGUGACCGUGUCCUGCAGCAACUCAAGUGGCAGCCCCAAUGUCACCCUGGACAGCAUUGAGCCCGACCACCCCUUCAACCCCRUCGCCAUCAACUCUGACCCCACAGAUGCCACCAUGUUCCGGGCAGAGGUGACACUGCGUGCUGGUGCGGAGCUCGAUGCCCACCAGGUGAACCAGUACACACUGAUCCUGCGGGCUGCUUGUCCUGGUGAGGAUSAGGUGGAACAGCGGCUCUUUGUCCGGGUGACAGCAGGGCAGGUGCUGCGCUGUGACACCCCSUUUGCCAGCGCAGAGGGUGAUGUGGUGCAGGUGCGGGCAGAUGUGGCUCCCCGGACACCCCUGUACGCGGUGCUGCCGCAGCCACUGGGUGGGCUGACGUUCAGGCUCCGAAACCACRACACACCACUCAAGCUCACCCACCRGGGCCUUGUGCUGGCGCCUGACAAUGGUUUUGACCCUAGCAAGGACACCCAGACGUUCAGGCUGGAGAUUGAGGUGAUGGACCGCCAUGGGCACAAYUGUAGCGGGGCUGUAAGGGUGGAAGUGAUGCCAUCACACCGUCCUCGUGUCACCUUCCUUGAGCCCCACCAGGCUGUGAUGGUGACAGAAGGCAUUCGCCCCUGGGAGGCGGUCACACAGGUCCAUGCCAGAGGUGACAAUGUCCGCUAUGCCAUCCUCGCUCCUGUGGCACCUGCGCWUUUCACCAUCAAUGAGGUGACAGGUGAGAUCCGCAGCACCCGCCGGCUGGAGCUGGUCCGUGCCCACCUCCUCAUCCGGGCUUACAACGCGCUGCACCCCAAUGACCACGCCACUGCCACGGUCAACAUCACCGUGCAGGGGACGGACCGUUUGGCACCAAGAUGUGUCCCAGCCAUCUUUGUGUCCCAGGUAUCCGAGACGGUGUCCCCCGGCAGCACCUUGGUGACAUUGAGAUGCGCCGACUCUGCUGGCACUGAUGGGUGUCUGCACUAUGCCCUCGAGGGGCCUCCCUUCUCCCGCUCCCGCUUCUGCAUGGAAGGGCCACAGCUGAAGGUCAACACUACCCUGGACUAUGACUCAGAGGCCGUGGCUGCCAUGGGCUUCCAGUUCACAGCCACCAUUGUGGUGACAGUGGGAGGGCAGCCCCUACAGAGCACCCGUGUGCCUGUGCUUGUGACGGUGACACCUGUCAAUGAAUUCAGACCGGCGUGCCCCAGCAGUGCCACCUUCACUGUGCCAGAGACGGCUGCUUUUGGCAGCAUCGUGGGGCGYGUGGCUGGUACUGACCGUGACUACCCACUGGACAGCCUUGAGUACAGCCUGGAGGGGGAGUCUGGCCCUGCACAGCCCUUCUCCAUUGACAGGCGCACUGGUGAGAUCCGUGUGGUGGGACCCCUGGGCUCCCCGCAGCAGAAGAGCUACAGGCUGCUGGUGCGGCUGACAGACACCCACAAUGAUCUGGACCUAAGUCGGAGGCAGAGCAGCCUGUGUGACGUGUCCGUGCGCCUGCAGGCCGUGCCGGACCAGCUGCCAGUGUGCAUCCCCGAGGUGCAGGAGCUGUGGAUCACAGCUGGGCCCCCGGGCAGCCGCCAGCCUGUCACCCGCCUGGUGUGCCACAGCAGCCCCGACACUGCUGGGCUGACACACACCAUUGUUGGAGGCAACGAGGAUGGGCGAUUUCGGCUGGAAGGGAGCACCCUUGUCUACCUGGCCAAUGACCGGGCCGAGCCCCGCACCUUUGUCCUGCUGGUGGAGGUGUGGGGUGGCUCUGGUGCUCGCCGUCGCAGCACCCUGGUGGCACUGGUGGUGCAUGUCACACCCUGGAGCACCCCAGUGCCACCCAGCACCACCGCCCAACACACGACACUGCAGAAGGAGCCGCUGGUUGUCACGCGGACAGAGGCGGUGUGGCAGCCACCAGCCUGGUUUGUGGCUGUGCUGACCAUCUCUGGUGUGCUGCUGCUGGCCACCCUGGGCUGCACAGCCCGAAACCUGCUGUGCAGCAACCGAGCCCCUGGCAAGCUGUUCCUGGGCAAGAGCUCCUGGGAUGUGGUUGAGCACAGCAAGGACAAGGAGGAGCAGGGACUCCCACACGGCAGCACCUCUGGGCAGUUUGAUGGCCGUGCUCAGGACCCACGCACCGGCAGGGAUUAUCUCUUCAACAGCGUGACCRGGGCUCGGCGCUGGAUCUGAAAGGCUUGACUUGAUGAGGGGCUCUUUGUGAUCCGCAGCUCUAUGUGGGCAGAGCUGGGAUGCACACUGGGAGCUGGCGGACACCCGGUGUGUUCUCCAGGGAGGAGAGCCAUCCUUUGUGGCCAAACCGGCUGCCCAUGGGAUGCAGCCAGAUCCGGAGCCACCUCAGCCAGUGCAGACCUAA